UGGGUCCCACCACUAACAUAUUUAUUUCCAAUUUUACCCUUGCCACGUCACUUCCUCAAUCAUUUUUUACCCUUUACCUAACCGAUCGAACUUUCUGGAAACAACACUUUUUUUUUUCAAUUUUUUUUUUCCACUUUCUCUCUCUAAAAAGCCAGAUCUGAUGAAGCCAGCUGAACAAACCGUCGAUUCGCCGUCGCCGGCGACGGCCACCGGAGAUUCAAACAGAUCAUUACCUACUCCGUUUCUUACGAAAACCUAUCAACUAGUCGAUGAUCCAUCAGUUGACGAUUUGAUUUCAUGGAAUGAAGACGGAACUAGUUUCAUUGUUUGGCGUGCCGCUGAAUUCGCUAGAGAUUUACUUCCUAAAUCGUUCAAACAUAAUAACUUCUCAAGCUUCGUUCGUCAAUUGAACACUUAUGGAUUCAAGAAGGUUAUGCCAGAUCGUUGGGAAUUCUCGAACGAUUGUUUUAAGAAAGGUCAAAAGGAUUUACUCAAAGACAUACAACGUCGUAAGAUAUCAUUGACUAUUCCGGUGAGUGUUCCGGUGAGUGUUCCGGUUCCGAUUUCAUCUCCGGCGAACUCAAUCGAUGAACAGGUGAUAUCAUCAAACUCAUAUCCGACGGAGACGACGGCGGAGGAGAAUGAGCGAUUGAGAAAUGAAAACGCGCAGAUUAAUCAGGAAUUGAUUCAAUUGAGGAGUCUUUGUAAUGAUAUAUUUUCUUUGAUGAAUAACUUUGGUGGAUCUGAUCAACAACGACAGGCGUUGGAUCUUUUGCCGAUGAAUCCUUGUAUGGAUGAAAUUGAUGGUGAUGGCGGUGGCGAUUUGGUGGAUUGUGAUUUGGCGAUUAAUUCGGUGACGAUUGGAUUGAAGCGUUCUAGGGUUAUGGAUGAUGAUGAGGAGGAUGAAGAUGAUGAUGAUAAUCGAUGUAAAGUUUAGGACCGUUGGAUGGAAUGGAGUUGUAAUCUAAUUUUGUUAGGUUUUUAUAUUUUGACAUGUGUUAAUAAUCAAACUUGGUGGUUUUGUCGUUAAAGGAUGUUAAAUUAUAGUUGAUGUGUU